CAGAAGUUGCCAGAGCUUAAGCCGAUAAUCUAGUUGGGAUUUGAUCAAAUCUUAGCGAGAGAGGCCACCGAACAAAUGUACCCACGCUCACUCUCUCUCUUGCGCUUUAAGCGGACCGAGUUGACCAAACAGAAGUUGCCAGAGCAUAAGCCGAUAUUAGGAUAACGGUUCCGAUCUUGCUGGGAUAUCUUAGCGAGAGAGGCCGGGAGAUUUCAGACGCCACUUCGUUUCUAGGGCUUACCAGAAAUUUUGAAUUCGAAGUGUGCAGACAACUUCUCUCAUCAUCGUUUUCUCACUAUAUAUAUUAGUCUCCAGAAGAUUGGACGGUGUCUCUCGCACUCUGUUCCAAUUUCUUGGAGAUAUCUUUCCAUCAGAUUUCUCGGCGAUUUAGCUUUUCUUUGCUUAUACUCCACGAGUUCUCCAGUUUAAGGUGCGCAGGAAUCUAAGAGUUUUUGAAUCUUGAAGCUGCCAAGGAAACAAAAUUAUCCAUUUGUUCAACGGAGUCUAAGAUGACUCUUUGUCCAAGUCUCUCACUCAAAACCCAGGAGCUAACAGCUAUAUUUUUAGCUGUUACAUUAUUCUGCAGUUUCGUUAUGGAAUUUGAUAUACACACCUUACUGGAUUCGGCUACAUUGCUAACAACCCUGUGGGUUAUAUAUAUGAUUCGUUUUAACUUAAAGUCUAGUUACAUGGAGGACAAAGACAACUUUGCAGUUUAUUAUGUGGUUUUAGAUUCUCGUGGGCACUUACUGGUAGCUCUGGGCUAUGGAUUAUGGCCUUCCAUGGUUCUUAUUUCUGAAAUUGUCCAGACUUUCAUCCUGGCAGACUUUUGUUACUAUUAUGUCAAGAGCGUUUUUGGAGGACAGCUUGUGCUCCGUCUUCCCUCCGGAGUGGUGUGAUUGGAGAUCUCUUGCAUGCCACAGUUCAUCGGCAUAUUGGCUGCUGAAAUUUGCCUAGAAGCAGGCAAAUGUGGCUGGCAUUUUCUCUAUGUUCUUUCCUUCUGCUCUUGUAGAGUGUUCCUACUUGGGGGAAAUUGAAGAUGGAUGCUUGUAAAGUUUGGGAAUGCUGGAAAAUCUGGGUUGAUUUUUAAGUUUGGCAUGUGGUUUUUCUACCAUAUCAUUAUAAUAACUUCAAUUGUGCACCAACACUAAGCUUAGCUUUGUAUUGAGCAGCGCCCUUAAGUUUAUUUUUUAAAUUUAAUAUUUAACCAAAUUAAUUAGUAAUUAUCUGAUUUUAUUUAUUUUCAUAUGGCUGUGUCAUAGAAAUAUAAAAAUACAUACACACACAUAACAAGUUGUUACGUAAUAUUAUUAUUAAAAAAUUAAGCGCAUCUUGAUGAUCUCAUGAAAGAACUUAAAGAACAUUAGAAUAUUUCAAAUCAUGUAAAACAUGAUAAUCUUUUAAUUAUUAAGAAUCUUUAUGACUGAACCAAAUAAAAUAUUUUCAAUUGAGAUUGUAAAACUUAUUCUUAGGUAUUAAAUAUCUGUGAAAAGUAAUUUUAAGUAGGUUUGAGGGAUAAUAAUGGUAUUCCACUUUUGGCAAUUUAAAAUGUUCGUUAGUGUUAACGGCUUCUAUCAUCCCCUUCCUUUCAACAUCACCUUUUCCUUCCCUUUCUCUCCCUCUCUCGUCACUAGUUGCUGGAACCAACAUAGAUUUUAUAUCUUCCCUACUAUAGAUUUCUCAGGAAAUACCCAUGAAACUAAAGUCCCAUUUUCCUUCUAACCAAACAGGCAUCAACCAAUCAACCUGACAACUGAUUCUCCGCACUUUAGAGCAAAUGGUGCAAGAUUUUGAAACCCCACUUUCCUCCUUAAACUUUCCUCAGGCUCAGACUUCCUCUGGAAGAAGCAAUACAGACUAUGUUAGAAUGAUCUCUACGGUUCAAGAAAGCUCCAAGAAGCCUCAGGUUGGAAUCACCAUGGAUAUAUUGAGAGGAUGGAAUCACCAGCCAAACGAGAAAUUAAGAAAUAGAACUUUGCCUUUAGUGAACAUCUGGGAUUUCUUUGCAAGCUCCUUUGUUCUGAACAAUCAAUAUGGGAGUGAUUGUGGAAAGAAACUGAAGAAGGAUGAUCGUACUCUUGCCAAUCAUAAUCGUAGAAGUCAUACUAAUAGAGGAGGCAGUCGGGGCAAAGGAACGUUUUGUGAACUAAGCAGAAAGGGCAGCAAGAUUAGGGAGACAGCCAAGAAGGAUCGCAACAAUUUUAGAGGAGGAGGAAGAAGUGGUGGUGAGGGUGGGGAUGGUGGUGAAGGAAGAGAAGAAGGACAAUUUCGUGAUUGUGGCGGAGGAAGAGGAGGAGGACAAUGUGGCAGUGGUGGUGGAGGAAGAGGAGGAGAGGGACGUGGUGGUGGUGUUGGAGUAGGGUGUGGUGAUGGUGGUGAAGGAAGAGGACAUGGUGGUGAUGAUUGUGGUCGUGGUCGUGGGGGUGGCAGUAAUGGAGGAAGAGGUGGUGGUGGUGGUGGCAGUGGCUUUGGCAGUGAGGAAUAUGUUGAUGAAGAUGAUUUUGAAAACAAUAGACAGCGAAAGAGUCAAUUUAGUAAAGAUCGGUUGGUGGGGUGGCAGAAAAGGAGGUGGAAGAAGAAGAAUCAGUGGUGGCUUUGGCAGUGAGGAGUAUGUUGAUGAAGAUGAUUUUGAAACCACAAGACAGCGAAAGUGUCAAUUUCGUAAAGGAGGAAUAAUAAGAAGUCGUGAUGGUGGCUUUGGCAGUGAGGAGUAUGUUGAUAAAGAUGAUUUUGAAAACAAAAGACAGCAGAAACGUCAAUUUAAGGCUAAGGGAAAAAAUCUUCAUUAUGACCCAAAACUAGCUUUGAAGCUUGCCAGAAAGCGCCAUAAGAAAAUGCGAAAGCAGACAAUACAGUGCGAGCGUGACCGCAAGCACUAUUUCCUUCGCUUCACCUUUGAAUGGAGUUUCUAUUCCGAUAAUGAUUCUUGUACUAGAAGGGCAUGCUCCUUAUACCAAAAUGAAAGCACCUACCCUAUUGAGGAGAAGACCAUUCAAGAACCAAGAACCUGCUCUUUUGAGGAGGAGGAGAUCAUUCAUGAACCAAGCAUCUGCCCUUUUGAGGAGAAGAAGAUUGUUCAAGAACCAAGCCCCUGCCCUUUUGAGGAGGAGAAGAAUAUUCACGCACCACGCCUUUCUUAUGUCAUCUUUUGUAGAUUCUUACACACGCUUUGUUUGUUUUGGUUUCUAUGGUGUUGUCACCUGGGUUUAUCUGCCCUUUUGAGAAGAAGAUGAAUAUUCCAGUAUAGUGUCUUUCUUGGGUCAUUCUUUGGGAAUUCUCAUACAUGCUUCGUUUUGGUUUCUAUGUUGUUGUCUCCUAGGUCUAUCUGAUAAAGAGAUGUGUAGCAAUGAUGCAUCAUUUAAAUGGAGUUUUACUUUUGAUCAUGAGUACCA